CAGUGUCAUUCAACAGCCAUCAAUUAGCGUUAGCUGCCAACGAGUUUGCAGGCUAUCGUAACGUAGCAAUCUGGUGUUGUUUAACGUUAAGCUAACUGUCGACUAGUUGACUAACUAUCUUAAUUACGCUAGAUUUACUGGGGGUGUUUUAAACAGAUUUAAAGUGCUGUGAAAUAAUUAAACAUAAGCUGUUAAAAGAAGAGUCAACUGAUGGCUAACUGCUAAUGUAACGCUAAAUUAGCUUACUUAAUAGAUGGCUAACGUUAGCUAACUUAGUAAGAAAAACUGAAAAGUCUGUCUGCUAAUGAGACCAACGAGUCCUCUGAGCCAGCUCAAGGACCUGGUGGAGCUGAAGGACCAGCUGGAAGACAUUCAGAAACGGGUGGAGGAUGAAAUACAGGCUGGGGUUCCUCCAGGAGGCAGUCUACUGGCUUCUCCUUUCCUGAAGGGUUUCCUGGCGGGGUACAUUGUUGCAAGGCUACGCUCUUCAGCGUUGAUGGGUGUUGCUGUAGGAACAUGUACAGGAAUCUAUGCAGCACAAAAUUAUGCUGUUCCCAACAUUGAAAAUACUGUCAAAGACUACAUACGCAGCCUGAGAGGAGGACGCAAAUGAAAAGAGCGGAGGAAAAGUAAGAAGACAAGAAAGGAGGGAGGAGGAAGAGAGACAUCUACAAGAAGAGGGUGCGAAAACUGUUGCAUACAGGAACAGAUAUGUAUUUCAAAAGUUAAAAACUUUUCAGUGGUUAUUAUUUUCACUUUCCACAUAGAUGAGUAAAUCGGGAAAUGAAAUAGAAAGCCAACUUAUGGAGUAAGGUGAAACAGUGUCUUUUCGUUAUUAUUUUUUUUUUCAGUUGAAGCGUAUUCAUCUGAACUAUAUGAGUGUUUAGAUUGGGUAACUGAAAUACAUUUUGUAAUAAAUUGGGCACAUUAACAUGCAUGUGGAAACAAUUACAAUUCAGUUAAUUUAAACACAGGAGACCCAAUUUUUCUUUCCAAUAUGGUCAAUGUUUGAAAUUUAGACAAACUGCUAUAUAUAAUAUAAAUCAUUAUAGCUGAUAUAAUUUAUUUCUGACCUCAACCAUAGGCCACCUGAAACCUCAAUAUGUGCUUUCUGAAGAUUUAUUGAUACAUAAUGAGACCAACCAAUAUCCACAUGUGCAGGCCAGUUGUGUUGGCUAUUUCACCUCCUUUCUUAAGGAGAGUCUCUACAGAGAAACACACCACAUCUCUUUUGCUGUUCAGACAGAUAGAGAAUAUUGAGUUUUUUUACAAGAGGAACUCUGCACACAGUGUGCAGUGGUUUAGAGGUUUUGCGUGUAUAUGUAAAGGCAUGUGAGUCUUCUGCCCUCUAGUAAUCAGAAAUCAAUUAUAGCAGCUUUAACGAAUAUGCAUUCUUUAGCUCAGGGGUUGCUAGCGCAUGUAAAAUUUGUUUCACCUCACAUCUUAUGGUGCUCUUUAGUGUAAAACCUGUCAAAACCUUUCAUUGGUCUUAUUAGUUUUCACAUUGUCGGCAAGUGGCAGAGCAAAGUCUGUGGUGUGAUGUGUCUUUGCCCCCUCAUGUGAUUAUAUGUAUGUUUUUCACUUGGUAAAACAUUUCUGUUUUUAAAUUAUAGUCAUAUAAAUAUAUGUAGUCAUGAAAAAUAACUUAAGGAACACUUUUCAGAGACCUCAUGUUUAUAGUUGUAAAAUUUACUAAAAAAAUGACACACUCAUUCAAAAAUAAGGAAAUGUAUGUAAUAUUUCUCUAUAUAUUCCACCUCACACUGCUAAAAAAGUUAUUCAGACUUCAGUCUGCAAGAGCUGGAUAACACAGACCAGGGCUAUUCAAUUACAAAUUCAAUUGGGCCAGUUUUUAAAACCUUGUAAUGUAGAUGGGCAAGACAUUUUCAGCACCCUAUUUAAAAGCUUUUUUUUUCUUUUCUUUUUUUUUUUUCAAAUUUUAAACAAAUGCAAAGGAAUGUAGUAAAAGAAAUAGCAGGCGUUUGGCGAUGGCGGUAAAAUAAACAAAUACUUGCCAGUCCAGACAGGGUUAAACUGAUAGUUUUCACUGUCAAAUUUCAGGGUUGACAGGACAGACAUAUUUUCAGUAGAGCACUUCCCUACUUGUGACUGUCAAUAGCCAGAUGUUUUGAAAAGCUACUACGCGUGGUCAGAACUCACAUGAGAAAACGUUGAUUUGUGAAAGAUAUGACUGGCAGCGUCGCUACAUCCGUAAACGUCCUGCCCGAUCGUUACUGCGCAUGUGGAACUCAACAGAGAUGAGAAGGAAGCGAGAUGGCUCACUCGCUACUUUCAUACACUAUAUAUGUAGUUUACUUAUUUUGCCAUAUAUCAGAUUUAUGUAUGCUGGGCCACUCGGAGGUUGCUUCUGGGCCGGAUCUUGCCCGCGGGCCACCAAUUGAAUAGGCCUGCAGUAGACUAUCAAAUGAAAAUGUACGCCAAAGUAACAUUUUUAUUUAAAGAUGUAGUUUUAAUUGCACUUGGGAGUUUUAAUAAAACAGGGAAGUGUGUGUUAAAGUAUUUUAUGUAAAAUAUAUAUUAAGAGUGCCUGCUCUGGACUUGAUAUUAUCAUCUCAUGCCAUGUGUGCAAUAGCCUUUCCUGAUGGGAUUUGGCUGCCUCUUUCAUAUGCUGGAGACUAGUGGAUGUUUUGCACUUGUAUAAUUUUAAGGAUUUAAAGCUGUUACUUUGUCAUGCAAAUAAAAAAGCAAGCAGUGAUUUUGUUUGCACAGAAAAAUACCUGAACAGUAGCAAACUUGAUAAUAUGUUAGUAUGAAUUUUUUAUUUUGCUGGGCAACUAUUUCACUUAGGUGGAUAACCUGGAAAUGUACACAUGACUUUAACUUUGUUAACUUAUGAUUUAAACCCACAAAUAGGGUUUAAAUGUAAAACUUCACUAAGAUGGUUUUCACAUGACAGCAACAUUAGUUACCCCAGGUACUGUAUUGCUGCCAUUGAAAUUACCACACAGUGCUUAUGUACACACUCAGGCUAUUAACAGGUAUUAGACCAAAAAGCCAUAAAAGAGAAACGUAUUUGACAUCAGAUUGAGAUUGUGCUCAUUUAGUUUUUACUUUAACUGAAAAGUGUAUUAGAAAACUAUGUGUACUGUAUGUUUGGUAACUGGAAACCAGAAACAACUUGUGCCUAUUGACAAUCAUUGUGUUGCUGUCUUUGUAUUGCAUGCUCUUAGUUUCUUAACUUCCUGUCUAUUAUGUUUUUGCAUGUUUUCUCUUGUUUUUUUUUCUCCUUUCUUUAAACACUUGAUUUUCUGCGGAAUAUAGAAUAUGACGGGUCCAUUGAUGGUGUUUUAAUUCACUGGCUAAUGUAACUGUCUCGUCAUCAUAGGUUUUCACUCCUGCACAUUAAUGCAGAAGUAUUCAACUUAACAGUUUGUGAUAUUGUAAAAUAAAACCAAAAAAAAAAAACUG